ACGGCUGGUGCACUGAGCUGGUACUCUUAACUUUAUAACACAUCAGUGGUAACAGUUCACGUAUAUAGUCUAAAUCAUUGCAUUUCCCGUGCAUGGAGCGCGCGUAUCCACACCCAGACAUUUUCACUUUCCCUUUUCGCUAUGAAGCACAGUUAUGGCAAGGAGUAGCAAGUCAGCAGCAGCGAGGACCCUGGAGGAUUUGACUCUGGACUCGGGUUAUGGUGGAGCUGCGGACUCCUUCAGGUCUUCCAGUGCGUCGCUGUGCUGCUCGGAGGCGCAUGGGGGGAACUGCUGGCAACUAACGGACUCCAUGCACAGCCGAAACAACAGCCUGGACACUGUCAACACGGUCCUGGUCGAAGACGCCGAGAUCCUGGAGUGCACCGGGCAGUGCGCUAAACUACUGGAGCUUGAGGAUGUGCCGUGGAGCCUCGGGGAGGUGGCGAGAGCCCUGAGCAGGGACGAGGGCAUGAGCGUGCCGAGCCCACCACAGGACGUCCUGCUCCGGCUCUCUGUGCUGGCCAGCCGGGCCCUCGUUAGGGUCGCCAAGGAGGCGCAGCGCUUGAGUUUGCGCUACGCCAAAUGCACCAAAUACGAGAUCCAAAGUGCCAUAAAGAUGGUCUUGUCGUGGGCCGUCUCCGUGAACUGUAUCGGCGCUGCCCUCGGCGCCUUGUCCCUCUACAACAUGACGACGGAGGAGGACAAGUUCGGCCGCGGCAAGUCGGUGCGCUGCGGGCUCGUCUUCAACGUGGGCAAAUUCUUCAGGUGGAUGGUCGACGGCAGGAUCGCGGUCAGGAUCCACGAACACGCCGCUAUCUACCUGGCCGCCUGCAUGGAGAGCCUCUUCCGCGAGAUACACGCGCGGGUGCUCCGCAGUGCGCUGCUCGAGAGGGACAACGGCAUCCCCAAGUUGAGUGUGGAGAGCCUGGAGCAGGCCGUCGGCAGUGAUGCUGAGCUGUGGGGGUCACUGCAGCCCUGGCAACACCUGAUCUGCGGAAAGAAUGCAAGCGGUGUUCUUUGCUUACCAGAGGGUCUGACUCCGCAGCAGCGAGCGGGAAAGAGUGGCGAGGGAAACGCCUACAGCCAGUCUGAACUGCGCUCCAUUGAACAGUGUUUACUGGCCACACGAGUGGGCAGCAUCUCUGAACUCAGUGAUAUGGUGUCCAGGGCAAUGCACUAUCUGCAGCCUCUGUACACCAAAAACCACAGCAAUGGGACACCCAUCCACCAGAAGAGCGCAGCGAUACACUGGGCCCCCGAGGCCAUCUACACACUGUGUUACUUCAUGCACUGCCCCCAGAUGGAGUGGGAGAACCCGAAUGUGGAGCCAUCGAAAGUUACCUUACAAACUGAGAGGCCGUUCAUGGUGCUGCCGCCGCUGAUGGAGUGGGUGCGCGUGUCUGUUGUUCAUACUGAGCACAGGCGGAGCUUCUCUGUGGACAGCGAUGAUGUUCGGCAGGCUGCCAGACUGCUGCUGCCUGGAGUGGACUGCGAGCCCCGCCAGCUCCGAACGGAUGACUGCUUCUGCGCCUCAAGGAAGCUGGAUGCUGCCUCUACGGAGGCAAAGUUCCUGCAGAACUUGGGCUUCCAUAUGCUCAGCUGUGGACGCACAGACCUGGUGAAGCAGGCUGUCAACCUGCUGGGGCCGGAUGGUGUCAACAGCAUGAGUGAGCAGGGGAUGACCCCACUCAUGUAUGCUUGUGUCCGUGGAGACGAGGCCAUGGUGCAGAUGUUGCUGGAUGCUGGAGCUGAUAUAAACAACGAGGUGCCAAACUCGGUGCACAAGCACCACUCAGUCUUUCCCGAAACGCGCCAGGCGACGCCCCUCACUUUUGCUGUGUCACACGGACAUGUGCCUGUGGUGCAGCUGCUGCUGGAUGCCAAAGCCAAUGUGGAGGGAUCACUGCAAGACGGCAUGGAGAACUACACUGAGACCCCGCUGCAGCUGGCUGCUGCUGCAGGUAACUUUGAACUGGUGAGCCUGCUGCUGGAGCGGGGGGCCGACCCCAUGGUGGGAACCAUGUACCGCAAUGGAAUAUCCACCGCGCCACAGGGAGACAUGAACUCUUACAGCCUGGCAGCUGCACACGGCCACAGAAAUGUCUUUCGUAAGCUGCUGUCUCACACAGAAAAGGGGAAAGGGGACGUCUUAUCCCUAGAAGAGAUUCUGGCAGAAGGCUCGGAGCUGGAGGGGAGAAGCUCAUCUGAGACGGACCUGAUCAGAACAGGGAAGGCCAAACUGAAAGCUCUCAAGGAAGCCAUGUAUCACAGUUCAGAACACGGGCAUGUCGACAUCACCAUCGACAUACGGAGCCUCGGGGUGCCGUGGACGUUGCACACUUGGCUGGAGUCGCUGCGCACUUGUUUCUACCAGCACCGCCGACCGCUCAUCCAGGGUCUUCUCAAAGAAUUCAGCUGCAUUGAAGAGGAAGAGUACACGGAGGAGCUUAUCACACACGGCCUGCCUCUCAUGUUCCAGAUCCUCAGAGCCAGCAAGAAUGAAGUGAUCAGCCAGCAGCUGUCAGCAAUCUUCACGCAGUGUUACGGGCCCUAUCCCAUCCCCAAACUGGCAGAGCUCAAGCGCAAGCAGUCGUCACGGCUCGAUCCUCACUUCCUCAACAAUAAAGAGAUGUCAGAUGUGACCUUUCUGGUGGAGGGGAAACCUUUUUAUGCCCAUAAAGUCCUGCUCUUCACAGCCUCCAACAGGUUCAAAACUCUUCUAGCAAACCGGCCUUGUGGUGAAAACACCUGCAUUGAAAUAAGCCAUGUGAAAUACCACAUCUUUCAGCUGGUGAUGCAGUAUCUCUACUUCGGGGGAACAGAAGCGCUCCACAUUAGGAACCCUGAUGUUAUGGAGCUUCUGUCCGCAUCCAAGUUCUUCCAGUUGGAGGCAUUGCAGAGGCACUGUGAGAUUAUCUGCUCAAAGAACAUCAACACAGAGACUUGCGUGGAGGUCUACAACCACACCAAGUUUCUGGACGCUCCCGACUUGGCGUCCUACAUUGAGGGCUACUUCCUAAAGAACAUGGUCAUGCUCAUAGAACUCGAGCCUUUCAAACAGCUGCUGUACGACGUACCCCCGGAUAGCCCGAGCUGUGACAUCCUGCAGAGCCUGGAAAAAACUCUGGCUGUCCGCAUCCAGUCCAUCCACCUGUCCUCCUCCAAGGGAUCCAUCGUCUAAACUGACGGAUACGGUGGAAUGGAGGAUCUUUGCAAUAAAAAACUGGAAGAAAUGAAUGGGCUGUGAAACGUAUGUCGUCCUUGUUGGUCCAUCAGUGACAGCCAUCAAAUAGCUAUACUUUACAAUAACACAUUACUGUUUCUCGUCUAAUCGCUGAUAUGCACUCCUUAUCAGAAUUUUAAGACCAGUUGAAAAACUGCAAGAAUUUACAUUUUGCACUGUUGGAUCUGAAGGAGGUUCUAAGUAGAGCUUCAAAAUGCUAAAAGAACAAAUGGAAGUGAGACAAAAAAGUGUUUGAGUGAGCAAUUUACCACAAACAACCAGUAAAGUGAAAUAGGCUGUUCUUCAUCUGAUCGUAACUUUAAGACCAUAGCUAAAAAAAAACCCAAAAUCCCCAAAGUCUGUCUGGAAUUGAUGUCCAUUUUUGUAAAAUUCUCUUACCAUCCAUCCCCAAAUGUUCUUGAACUGCAGCGUUGUCCUGUUGAAAAGCCAGCCAUUACCACAGAGACGAGGGCCUUCAGUCAUGAGGGAUGACCCCUGUAACAUUUCCACAUAGCCAGCUGCUAUUUGACGCCCCUGCACAACCUGAAGCUCCAUUGUUCCAUUGAAAGAAAAAGCAGCCCAGAUCAUGAAGGCACCCCCUCCACUGUGCCGGGUGGAAAACAUGUCAAGGUGGGAUCUCCUUGUCAUGCCAGGACCGUCAUCAGAGAAUACAAAUGUCUUCCACCUUUCAAUGUCCCAUGUUUGGUGAUCUUGUGCAAAUCCCAAAACGGGCAAUUUUGUGGCGUUGAAGGAGACGAGGCCUUUGAAGACGUUUUUUGUUCUGAAAACCCUUCUCUCGUAGAUGUCAUCUGAUGGUUAUUGGACUGCACUCGGGACCAGUAACAACCUGCAUUUGGGCCGAGGAUAGUCCUGUGUCUUGAUGAACAGCCAAUCGUAUCCUCCAGCUCAGGGCCGGUGACAUUUUUUUGGGUCUACCACUUGACUUUUUUGUUUCAUGACCCCCAGAAUGUUUGCAGAAGUUUAAAUUGCUUACUCAAAAAUUGUUUUGCCUCACACCCAUGUCUUCUUUUUGCAUUUUGAAGUUCUACUUAGAACCUCCUUAAGAUCCAACAGUGCAAAACAUAAAUUCUUGCAAUUUUUCAACUGGCCUUAACAUUUUCAUCAGGAGUUUACUGUGUUUCAUACAUGCGAUGAAACAUUUAACAAGCUUUUUCUAAACAGAUAACCCACUGAUGAUCCUUCCCAGGCUGCGAGGAGGAGUCGUUGAUGUCCAAUGUUGUGAUUACUGCAAACAUCAUCAUUGUCGCUUCGGAGAAUUACUCUUUAAAGCCAAAUAACAGACCUGUAACCUGGCGAGUGGCGCCCAUCAUGUUUUAUGUGGAAAAGUAGAGCUUUGGUUUCUUCACUGCUGUGUAAAUAUUGUUGAUAAAAAAACAGAGCUAUCAAUAAUGUAAGUCACUGUACAUAACAGAUGUUUUCUCAUGUGUCUUACCGUUGCUGUAAAAGCUAAUGUGUAAGUGUUGCAUGUCAAAGGGAAAGUGAGUGUAGGAUUCUAUUAAGCAGCUGCUUUUGCUUUGUCUAAGAGUGAUUAUUGAGUGCAAAUUGAUUUGUCAUCAGCAUGGGUCACUAAAUGUGUAACACUCCAACGGUGUUGUCAUUCCAUGUGAGAGGCUCGAGGUGUGUUCAGUCCUCCGACGGAGAUGCUGUCAGCCGUGUUCCAGGAAUUGUGAAACUACAUGCCGUGUAUGUGUGUGACUUGUUAUCUUCCCCCCAUAAAGAGUAUUAUUAAUGUACUCUACUGUCUCUGCCUCCGAGUAGAAAAGGAAAAGCAACACUUUUAGUCCGAUUGAUGUUACAUUUUGGUUAUCA